ACCUUGUCCAUUCUCUUGAUUUAUAGGGUAUUCUUUUCGUUUCUUGUUGGCUAUGCGGGGUUUCCUCCGGGAGGACCGCGCUAUUGUUUGUUCUUGAUUGAUUGGAUUUCGAUUCGUAUGAUCAAUCUUCGUGCAGGAAGUCGUUGAUUUGAUGGUUUUGGCGUGAAAUUCGCCCCCAAGUUCUGAUUUUGAUGACUUGCAGAAUGGCAGCUGGUCAACAAAAAAAGCGGCUAGCAAGUUCUAACCUGCGCGAACAAUAUAGAGGAAAGAAGAAGAAAAUGCUGGACUCAUCUGAUUAUGUGUUGAAUUUGAGAUCGCAUGUUGACCUGGAGUGGAAUGACAGUCUGAAGAGAGCUGUGGCAAAGAGGGAACAAAUCGGGAUAAAAUGGAUGGACAUGGCACCUUUUGUUGAUUCAAUUCCCAAAUCUCAUUCAGGUCUAGCUGAUGUUGUAUCUGUUCCCCAAGAAAUUUUUUCUUUGGAGAAUUUGACUGAGGUGCUUUCGUAUGAGGUUUGGGCUACAUGUCUGUCAGAGUCGGAGAGAAAGUUUCUGACUCAGUUUCUUCCUAGUGGGACAGGUGCAGAACAAAUAGUUCAUUCGUUGCUCAAGGGGGAAAACCAUCACUUUGGGAAUCCUUACCUUAAAUGGCAAGUAAUGCUUAUAAAUUCUCAAAGGUCUUCUUCACUUUGCUCCGGUAAUCUUCAUCCAGAUGCUGUUCUUCGUACAGAGCGGCAAUUGAGAGACAAUAGAAGGGCAUACUAUUAUGAGAUAAAUAAGUAUCAUACUGGCAUGCUUGAGGUUCUGCAAAAAUGGAAGGACAGAUGCUUAAGCUGCGAGGAUCCAGAAAGGCUGUGGAGGGAAGGAUUUACCAAGCACAAGCAAGGAAGCUUAACAGCAUUUGCAGAAAAGACUAAAGUUCCUAAUAUAGCUAAGAAAGAAAUCCGACAUAAAAUCUGCAUCCGAAAUGGUGAUGCUGAUAAAUAUAUGUCAUUUAUUAAGGUAAGCAGGACUCAGCACCAGCUGGUUAAAAAUAUAAAGCAUUCUGGUGAUGGCAUUCAAUCAAAGUCUCUCAACCGUGUACUGGGUGAUAUUAAAAGCUUUGAUGUACAGCCAUUUGAAACAUAUGAAGAGGAAGAAAAGAAGAAGUUGCACGACCAUUGGUUGCAGGUGGCAAACAAAGAUCUCCCAUCAGCUUUUGAGGUCCAUAGAAAUAAAAAGCUGCUGAGAGACCAAUGGAUGAAAUCAUUGGAACAGGAACUUGUGGAAAAAAAGAAAUUAAUAAUGGAUAAGGAUGAGAAGACAGAGAAUCUGGAGACCUCAACUCAAGAAUUGGUAGGAAAUGGUGAUUACGAACGUGAAGCCAGCCCAUAUGUGGCAGAUCAAGAUGAUGCUGAUUCCCCACAUAAUUCCACACAUGAUCAUCAUCUGGAACGUCUUCCUUCCCUCAACAGUCAUCUGGAGCCAAGCACAAUGGAGCCUAGCCCAAUUGCUCUGAAUAAAGAAGCAGAGGGACAAGAAAUAUUAAAACCAAUGGAAAGUUCCUCACCUCGUUCACAGUCGUUAGAAAAACAGAAUCCUUCUGAUGACGAUGUUACACAACCAAAGGCUUCUUGCUCACCUGCUAAGGACUUGUGGCGGACAGAAAGCCUUGAUGAUCCUUACUAUGCUACUACAGAGAACCAUGCAUGCACAUCUGCUGGUGAUUUAUCUCUUGGGCAACCCCAGUUUGCUGAAGAAUGCACAACUGAUGUGAUUGAUUUAGAAAGAAACAUAAUGGAACCGGAUGCUGGAGCCCCUGUUGCCUCAACCUUUCAUGUGGACAGUGGGGCAUCGCUCUUCUGUUCUUAUGCAAACGAAGACCGCAAUGAGCUGCUUCCCAACUUUUCAAAGGGACCAGGAAUGCUAUCAUCUUAUCCACAUGAACAGAUGAAUGGUGUGAAACAGCCUGGUCUGCAAUUUUUGAUGACCAAUGACAGCUUGCCAGAACCUGGUCACUUCUCCCACCAAUUCCAUGAGCAACAGCAGCUUCUGGGGCAGAGGCAGGGCAGAGAGAAAGAGCUUUAUGUGAAUCAGAUAAUGAACAAAAAUGUCUACUGCGCUGGCAGAUAUCCAAGCCAAGGGCACUUUUCAGCAGUUGAUCAGCAGAGUUUUUCUGCCCUCCAAUCCUCUGUAAAUGGUGGAUCCAUUGGGUACAAUUGGUUUCCUGGGGAGCAUCAAGCUUAUAAUAAUUGGUCUGGAGUUGAGUCUUCAAGCAGCCAAGGUCAGUGCCUGGUUGAUGGUAGCAAUGCAGAUGGAAGCCUCUUUAGUGUUUUCUCUAACAAGAUGUCAUCAUGCUCACCAUACGACACUGCAAACUCGGACCAGUAUAUCCAAGCGAGGAACUACUCAAGUCGGGGUGGGGGUAUUCCCGCAGCUGAAAAUAUUUAUGGGUAUGCACAUCAUCAACUUGACAAUUCAGGCAGUGAAGAAGCAGCUACAGCUCCUUCCAUGAACAAUAUGUCAUGGAUGAACUUCCCACAUCAGAAUCCUUCCCUGCACGACCCCAUGGGAAAACCUUUUCUGAGGCCUUGGAACCGGUAGCACGUUUGGCGAUAUUGCACAAUAUCAGGCCACUUUUUUAAGUCAAUUAUGGCUCAGUCGGGGAGAAGCUUAUGUGCAGAAAGCGAAAAGUUGGUUUCCCAGGUCAGUUAACUUGUAGCUCUCGUUGGGGAUUGCUUCUUGGUAAUCCAAAUCACAAACAUGAAAUUUGAUGUUUUGUACAUAUAAAUUUGUACCAUGUAUAUAUGGGAUAGGAGAGGGUUUAAGAUGCCUAGGUUUAAUAUAUGUUUUGUUUAAUCGGUAAUUUUGGUAGUUUGGUUCGACUUUUUUGAUUUUCCAUUGUUGAAGGGCAUAUUUCAUGUUUAGGGGAGGGGUGGGGGUGAAUUCCUCUGCACAAUAAAAAAUUUCAUUCAUAUACUUGGUUAAAAAACCUUCUGUUCAUUCUGUUUUCUUUGGAUUAGCUCGAGUCUGUUGCUUUAAACAUGUUAACAGUUUGCAGGAGCGCCAGCAUUCUCCUUUUUGUGUAGGCUAAUUGCUUGGAGAUCUUCAUAUAGGUUGAUGGAAGCUUUAAGCUCAUGUACUUGCAAAUCUAGGAAUGAUGACAGGGUCUAUUUUCUGACGCAAGAAAUUCUAUGCAACUUCCACAUCAUUGGCAACACCUUCCUCAGAUUUAUGUAUGCAUGUCGAGGGAUUUUGCCCGAUCAAGCUAGAGAUUGGACUGGAACUGAACUGAGUUACUGGUUUACCAUCUAAAUCCAGUCACAAUCGCAAUGAGAUGAGGAAUUUUCCUCAGGAGAGAAAUUAGUUGAAGCUGGAAUGGAGUAAAAUGGCAAGCAGAUUAGCAUUGAACUGGUGACCAUCAUAUCUCAGACGUCUGUGAUGCGAUGUUCCCUCUGUUAGCAGAUCAGACUGUUGUAUUGAGGUUAUUCCGAGUGAUCAAAAGGUGAAGGAAGCAGAUGGGACACUCUGUAAUGAGCUUGUAACGUAUGACCAUCUGAUUGGUGAUGCUAAAGAGAUCAGUUACAUAUAAUUACAUGGCGUCUUUCAUUCUUGUUCCCGUAGGACUGAGGCAUGUUAUAC